AUUUCUAUCUGAGAUAUUUUGCCGGCACGUGUAGAGGUCGAUACUACUCGACAGACUCACUCACCGCUCUUUUCCCAAACCAAAAUUCACGUGGCACCCAUGAAUAUCGCAUUACUCGCUUUUAACCAUUUCACUCCACUUCAACUCAACACUCUCACUCAAUGUAAACAAAACACAAAAAUUCAAAUAACUAAAAACCAAAAUAACACUUCAACAUGCUUCACCACCCAUUACUCUGCGCUUCAACAACCGCCACUCAAUCCACACUCUUCGCUCCCGUUUUCUCCGGCGCCGGCAACAUUCCUCGACGCAAUUUCUCUCCCCGUCAUGUCUGGUUGAAAUUUAGUAUGCAAGUAUCUGGAAGCAAAUCGAGUAAUAGUGGACAUGGAAUUUAUAGUGAGACAAGAGAAGGUUCCAAGCUUAAUGCGAGUGCUUAUGGUCGUGCUCAAGAAGAGGUUCUUAAGGAAGAAGCUUUCAAAGUGAAUGAAAACAGACCAUCAUGGGAAAUUUCUCCAGGCCAAACAUUUCCGUUGGGUGUAUCACAAGUUGACAAUGGGAUCAAUUUUGCUAUUUUUUCACAGCAUGCAACUACUGUCACACUAUGUUUGGUCCUUCCUGAAAGGGGAAGCAUUGACACACUGGAUGGUGGUAUGAUAGAACUGGCUUUGGAUCCUCAUUUAAACAAAACAGGGGACAUUUGGCACAUACGUAUUGAGGAUCUUCCUAGGAGCAAUGUUCUGUACGGAUAUCGGAUAGAUGGACCUCAAGACUGGGGUAAGGGGCAUCGAUUUGACAGAAGCAUUGUGCUUGUUGAUCCUUAUGCAAAACUAAUUGAAGGUCGAAGAUAUUUUGGGGAUAUUAGCAUGAAGUUGUCUAAGUUUCUAGGCACAUAUGAUUUUGACAGCUUGCCUUUUGACUGGGGAGAAAAUUACAAGCUUCCAAAUAUUGCCGAGAAAGAUCUUGUUAUAUAUGAGAUGAAUGUCCGUGCAUUUACAAUGGAUGAAUCUAGUGGGUUGGAUAACAACAUUCGGGGAAGCUAUCUUGGUGUGAUUGAGAAGAUCCCACACCUUCUAGAGCUUGGUAUCAAUGCAGUGGAGUUGCUGCCUAUCUUUGAGUUUGAUGAGUUGGAAUUGCAGAGGCGUCCAAACCCCAGAGAUCACAUGAUUAAUACGUGGGGUUAUUCAACAAUAAAUUUCUUUUCCCCUAUGAGCCGCUAUGCCAGUGCUGGUGGAGGACCAGCUAAUGCUUCUCAAGAGUUCAAGAAAAUGGUUAAAUCCUUACAUUCUGCUGGCAUAGAGGUUAUUUUGGAUGUUGUCUACAAUCAUACCAAUGAGGCUGAUGAUGCCAAUCCUUACACUACUUCAUUUCGUGGCAUAGAUAAUAAGGUUUAUUACAUGCUAGACGACAAAGGACAAUUGCUGAACUUCUCUGGCUGUGGAAAUACAUUGAAUUGUAACCAUCCUGUGGUCAUGGAGCUAAUUCUUGACAGCCUAAGACAUUGGGUCACUGAGUAUCAUGUGGACGGAUUUCGAUUUGAUCUCGCAAGUGUACUGUGUCGAGGAACUGAUGGUUCCCCCCUCAAUGCUCCUCCACUCAUUAGGGCAAUUGCUAAAGAUGCAGUUUUGUCAAGAUGUAAAAUUAUUGCAGAGCCUUGGGACUGUGGAGGUCUCUAUCUUGUUGGAAGUUUUCCAAAUUGGGACCGGUGGGCUGAAUGGAAUGGGAUAUAUCGCGAUGACGUGCGGAAAUUUAUCAAGGGCGAUUCUGGUAUGAAGGGGAGCUUUGCAACUCGUGUUUCUGGAUCUUCUGAUCUUUACAGAGUGAACAAGCGUAGACCAUAUCAUGGUAUUAAUUUUGUUAUUGCACAUGAUGGAUUCAGCUUGCACGAUCUUGUUUCAUACAACUUCAAGCACAAUGAAGCUAAUGGGGAAGGUGGAAAUGAUGGAUGCAAUGAUAACUUUAGUUGGAAUUGUGGUUUUGAAGGUGAAACUGAUGAUGCUAGUGUAAGAGCUUUGCGGUCGAGACAAAUGAAGAACUUUCAUUUGGCAUUAAUGAUAUCUCAGGGCGCACCAAUGAUGCUAAUGGGGGAUGAAUAUGGCCAUACUCGCUAUGGAAAUAACAAUAGUUAUGGGCAUGAUUCUGCUAUUAAUUUUUUCCUGUGGGAUCAGUUGGAUGCAAGGAAGGGUAACCACUUUAGGUUUUUCUCCAACGCGAUAAAGUAUCGGCACGAACAUAAAAUAUUCAGUCAUGAAAAUUUUCUCAGUGAGAAUGAAAUAACAUGGCAUGAAGACAAUUGGGCCAAUUAUGAAAGCAAAUUUCUUGCAUUUACCCUUCAUGACAAAAGUGGUGGAGAUAUUUAUAUAGCUUUUAAUGCACAUGACUACUUUUUGAAAGCUCUGCUGCCCACACCCCCAACAAAUAGAAAGUGGUUUCGCGUGGUGGAUACUAAUCUUAAAUCUCCCGAUGACUUUGUCCUCGAUGGUGUCCCCGGCAUAGAAAAAACGUACAGUAUAGCUCCAUACUCCUCCAUUCUUCUUGAGGCAAAGGUUUGAUUGCAGAAGCUGUGGUAUAGACACAUCCAUAGAAAAAUAAAACAGGAAAAUGUUGUUGUAUACACGUGUCUUGUGUAUGUAAUGUUAAUCUUAUUUGCUUUUUAAGGCAGAUGGAUGGAAUUUAUGCUCUGAAUUAGGUCCUUGGCCUAGUAUGGCCUGAAGACUGAAGUUACAGCUUAGUAUUGGAUGACACGUGUACUAAGUAGAAGAUAAAUGCAUCUGUAUGUAAAUGUGUUGUAGGGAAUAAUCGGAGAUGAGGGAAAUCUGAAAUCAUGUCAUUUUCAGAAUGCUGCAGUGCAGGGGAUAUAUGCAAGGUACAAGCUUACUUGAGGGUGGUCCUACAAAUUUUGGAUACCUUGUAUGUUAUACUUGUAUAUGAUUGUCUCUAUAUAUACCGAGAUCUUUAUAUAUUGUUCUACUGUAAAUUUGGCUUGAAUGGAAUAUAUGCCAUAAAUUUAUAUCUUUAGUAGCUUA